CAAUGUGACAGUUCCAAGCGCUGUAUACUAAUGUGUUCUCUGCGGUGAAAAGUGACCGGGCUUUGGGCAGAUGCAGGCGGACGAAAUGGAGGUACCUAUUAAUGAUAUUAAUGACAGCAACAGACAGAAGUCUCUGCCGAAAGUCAAAGAGCUGUUCAAGAAUCAGCGAAAGGAUUCGGAGGGCUCCAUGGAGUCGCCCACCCUGGAGUUUGAGUAUGGGGACACAGACAGCCUCAUGGCUGAACUUUCAGAACUCUACAGUUACACGGAGGAGCCAGAGUUCGGCCUCAACAGGGAAUGCUUCGAGGAGGACUUCCGGAGCCAAGGUAGGCCGGGGGCCAAAUGGGGUUCAAGGGGAACAGACCUGACAUGUCCCCUAUGUCCUUGCAGUAAUAACCAGGCCUGCAGCAGUGCAGUAAGAAAACCUGCCAUCUCUCUGGCUGACAGCACUGAACUCAGGGUGCUCCUCAGCAUCAUGUACCUGAUGGUGGAGAUGAUCCGGGUGGAGACGGAGGAUGAUCGGCCUGAAUGGAGGACGGCCCGCGAGACCUUCAAAACGGAUCUGGGCUCCCCUCUGUAUAACGGAGAGCCCUUCGCCCUGAUGCUCUUCACCAUGGUGAACAAGUUCUGCAGCAUGAACGCGCCCCACUUCCCCAUGAAGAAAGUGCUUCUGCUCCUCUGGAAAACCAUCCUGCUGACCCUGGGGGGCUUUGAGGAGCUGCAGCAGAUGAAGGUGGGGGGUCGGGAGUGCCUGGGCCUGCCCCCCCUCCCGGAGGACAGCAUUAAGGUGGUGCGCAGCAUGCGGGCCGCCUCCCCCCCCGCCUCCGCCAUGGAGCUGAUCGAGCAGCAGCAGCAGCAGAAGAGGGGCCGCAGGAGCCGCAGGACGGCCUAUGUUGAUAGCUUGGAAGGAGACAGCCCCUUUCCCAGGAAGCAGCCGCUGAUGAAGCAGGACAGCCUGGACACGUACAACGAGCGCGACCCGUUCAAGAACGACGACGCGCGGGACGAGGAGGACGACGCCGACGACGUGGACAGCGGCAUCGAGGGCGAGGUGGACCCCCUGGACCGGGACGUGAUCAUCCAGCCCCCGCCCCCGCUGCCCCCGCUGCGACCGCCCACCGAGAGGCUGGCGUUCCCCAAGGGCCUACCCUGGGCCCCCAAAGUCAGGGAGAAAGAUAUCGAGCACUUCCUGGAGACCAGCAGGAACAAGUUCAUCGGCUUCACCCUGGGAAAUGACACAGAGACCUUGGUUGGUCUUCCCCGGCCCAUCCAUGAGAGUGUGAAGACCCUCAAACAGCACAAAUACAUCUCCCUGUCAGAAGUGCAGAUCAAGAGAGAAGACUCCUUACAGCAGUGCCCCAUGACCCUGGGGGAAGAGGACGUGGAGGAAACGCCCACUGAGAUCCUGUACCUGGGGAUGCUGCCGAACCUGUCCCAGUAUGUGAUAGCUCUGCUGAAGCUGCUCCUGGCCGCUGCUCCCACAUCCAAAGCCAAGACGGACUCUAUUAACAUCCUGGCCGACGUCCUGCCCGAGGAGAUGCCAAUCACGAUACUGCAGAGUAUGAAGUUGGGGAUCGAUGUGAACAGACACAAGGAGAUUAUCGUCAAGGCCAUCUCCGCUCUGCUGCUGCUGCUGCUGAAGCACUUUAAACUCAACCACAUCUACCAGUUUGAGUACGUCUCUCAGCAUCUGGUGUUCGCCAACUGCAUCCCGCUCAUCCUCAAGUUCUUCAACCAGAACAUCAUGUCCUACAUCAGCGCCAAAAACAGUAUCUGUGUGCUGGACUACCCCCAUUAUGUGGUGCACGAGAUGCCAGAGCUCACCGCCGAGAGUCUGGAAGCGGGGGACAGUAACCAGUUCUGCUGGAGGAACCUCUUCUCCUGCAUCAACCUGCUGCGCAUCCUCAACAAGCUGACCAAAUGGAAGCACUCCAGGACCAUGAUGCUGGUGGUGUUCAAAUCUGCUCCCAUCCUGAAGAGGGCGCUGAAGGUGAAGCAGGCCAUGAUGCAGCUGUACGUCCUGAAGCUGCUGAAGAUCCAGACCAAGUACCUGGGCCGGCAGUGGAGGAAGAGCAACAUGAAGACCAUGUCCGCCAUCUACCAGAAGGUCCGCCAUCGCCUGAACGACGACUGGGCCUACGGCAACGACAUCGAUGCGCGACCCUGGGACUUUCAGGCUGAGGAGUGCGCGCUCCGGGAGAGCAUCGAGAAGUUCAACAGCCGCCGCUACGACAAGAACCAGAACGGCGACUUCGCCCCCGUCGACAACUGCCUGCAGAGCGUGCUGGGACAGCGCGUGGACCUGCCGGAGGACUUCCACUUCAACUACGAGAUGUGGCUGGAGAGGGAGGUCUUCUCUCAGCCAAUCCAGUGGGAGGAGCUGCUGCAGGCCCAAUGAGGAGGCGGCGGGGGGGGGCGGGGCUUAGCUCCCGACAGUAGGUACUGUUCAGGUGGGCGGGGCGACCGGCGGACGGCACAUCUGAAUCUGAGACCAGCAGUCCACACAACAUGUGCCUACUACUGUCCUCUUGUAAAUAACCAAUAUUUAUCCUUUUUUUGGGUUGUAAAAAGUGUUUUUUUUUAUACCAUAUCCCUCAAUGCAGAUCACUAUAAGGGGAAAAUGCAUAAAAAAUACAGUAUUCAUGUCUAAGAUUUUACAGUGUGUUCUAUGGUUAGAUUAUCAAACUGCUCAGGCUUGUGUUUGCCCAACUGCCACAUAUGAAAGAUUAUUCUUAUGUCAAUUUUCCAGAACCCACCAGUGUUUCGUUCGAACACAGUAACAGUUUUUAUUUUUUUAUACUAUUGUAUUUCAACCUGUUCUUGUAAUACGCCAACAUAUGCAUUGCAGAUAAAAAGUUCAUUCUGUUUUUGCAAAGAAUUGUGGACAAAAGCAUUGUUGGGCAGAUAAAUGAUGAUUAUUUUCCUUUUACUCUCAGCUGUAUUCUACUCCCGAAGGCAUGGUCUCUCUGUUAUUAAGUGAAGCGCUCUAUUCUAUAACCAGCAUGAAUCAUACUACAAGAACAAUUCAUUUCUCAAAGAUUUAUGUAAAUAGCAGUAAAUCCAAGUAAUCCGUCACGGUUAUUUUUAUUUCAUUCUUAUUUGAGCCCAAUAUUCUCAACUGUGCUUUUGCAUUAAUGGUGACGCACAAGGCACAUUGGUGAUUGUAGUGCAAUUUGCCCAGGAAAAAUGAGUCCGUCAUUCACUGGACUAGAAAUGCACAUUCUCUAUUGCUGUAAUUAGGCGUCAUUACGCUGAUUGCACUUGUGGGGUAACACAGUAGCUCUUUUGGGUCAUGGUCACCAGGCGAACUUUGCCUAAAACACCAUCUACAGUGUCAUGGAAAUGAGCGUUAAUCCCCAAAUGUGAAAUUAGUCUUGAACGUCAACUUUGACUACGACGCCAAUGCCAAUAAUUGACUUGAACAUGCAAUAGCCGUUUCCAUGCACUAACAGCACCUGCAUUGUUGCCCAUAGUAUUCAAACAAAUCAAUCAUUAUCACAGCCCAAUGAUGCUUAACCUGGUGAAGAGUCCCCCUCCUAAAAAUGGAGGACCCUCUUUCCAAAGACUCAGUUCCUACCUACCGUCACAGGGAAACGAAGGGCCGUGUAACAGGGUUAUGUAACAAAACAAAACAAAAAACAAGGACUUUGUGUCUCAUGGUCUCUUUCCCAAGGACUGCGACUCAGAGUCUCGAGCCCUCAGCUCACGCUACAGGCCAGCGAGAGCGCGUUCACAUUGUGUGAGCUCCGGUCUCCACAGACACAGGUGCCCUUGGUGAAUACCAUUCCCACCCCACCUGAAUGCAUCGUAUUCAGGGGCGGGUUGGUGCUGCUCUAUGGUUUUGUCUUGUUUUUCCUCUUUCUAAUGGAGAAAUGAAUGCAGUUCAGCAGAAAGCAGGUCAGAAUCCAAGGCCCUGUAAUUAAAGCCAGCGAGCAGAGACCGUUCAGAGAACCUUCUCCCAGGGUGUGAACAGGGCUCUCUCUAUUCAAUCCUCACUUUUCUUUUUCCUCUCUCUCUCUCUCUCUCUCUCUCGUCGAGGAUUUGAACAGACGUGUCCCUGUACAUUCACCUCCCGCUGAAUAGGGAUUACGUAAUAUUGAUAUUGUAGCUUUUCACAGAUGUUUUUUUUAAUUUUUUUUUAUUAUUAUUGCCAAAAUCUUUAUCUUGACUGCUUAACUGUGUGUGGGCACUGGUUGAAAAGGUGCUCCGGAGAGAUUUAUGAGAAGCUGAAUGAAGGCAGAGCGUUCUGUCUUGCUAGACACUUUUCACCGAUUGUUUUGUUUUCAAAGAUUUAUUUGUUUUUCUACAAAUCUACAAUGCUUUUUAAUAAGGUACUUAUAAUCAAGUCAAACUACUGCUAAUAUUUCAGAGAGAGGUGGUUGGUACCCUCUAAAGUUCUUCAUCAACUAUAAAGAUUGUCCAUUCUAGUUUAGAAGCUAAUUCUGGCACAUGUUUUUAUAUUUCUUAGAUCUUUUCUGUACAGGUUGUUUUGGGCAAAUGGAAAAGCUGUAACUGUUGUACCAAAAAUGUUUUUUUUCUUUCAGAUUUUACUUAAAUGGACAAAUUCUUCAACAAAAGCUAAGCAGACUGUUGGAAUAUCUAUUUUUCCCCACAAAGGGUACCGAAUGAUUUAUGUGGCUGUCAACCUAAAGCUGAAGAAAAUCCAUUUUCAGACAGUGGUGAAAGGAUAGAUUUGGACGUGUAGAUGCCACUGAUUUAUUGUGGUCAUAUGCCUUGGGAUAUCUGGCUGUGUGUUAAAAUUACAGGAUCGCAAGAGAGUGUUCUUAUGACGGGCCAAUCAAAACUGCCGAAUAGAUCUUUUAACCAAUCAGAAUAGAAUGGAUGGAUAUCUUUUCAGGCAAGCCUCGUUAAAGGUACAUAAUGAGCUGGAUAUCCAAGGUCACUCCUAAAUACAAUAAGAAAACUGUUGAUAUUUGUCCGGCAUACAUUUACAUCAUGAAGAACAGUCCUGCACAUUGCCCACGUUUAGCAGAAAGACAACGUGCUUACACAGUUUUUGGUUGAAAGUGGGGACACAGCCAAAGGUUCGUAGCGAUUGGAUAAUCCAAAACGUUUUGAAAACUCUUGGCUCAAAACGGGCAACUUUUAUAUUAAAUGAAAACAGAACAAAUAGCUUUUUCAUAUCCUCUUCUGUUAUCUCACAUUUUAUUUAAAAUGGGAGUUUCUUCCCCACUUUGCCAUAGUUUACUGCACUUUCACGCAGAACAGGAACAGUGUACUGCUAGGUAAUAAAAUUCUGAAAGGAAUAAAUAAAACUUACAGCAAUACUAACAGUCAAUUAUGUGAAGUUGUCAGAUCUUGUCAGUUUAUGUGUGUGUGAAGCAGAAUUGUGAGUUAUUGUAAGAAUUGUAAGUGCUAGAUCUAAUCUGAAUGUGAACCCUUAUCUGGCAUUCAAAGCACAAGACCGCUCUGGGUAUUAAACCAGAGAUUGACUCACUCCUUUUUGGAAGCUGGCAAUAUUUUGAAAGGUUGUUUAUUAUGAUAUAUGCAAUACAGUUACGAUCAAAUGUGUUCAGGACCAUAUUGCUGCAAAAAACCAAGCGGAGAGAAUUCAGUAUGGUGGGGUUUCCCUCCAUUUCAAAGUCCACUUUACAUUAGCAAAGUACAUUUUCUAAGCUGGGCACCAUGCAGUGUCUCUUAUGAACUAGAGCACAAAUUAAGCGCAUCUCCUUCUUACCCUCUCCCUCACUCUCCAUCCUUUUCUCACUCUCUCCCUCACUCUCCAUCCUUUUCUCACUCUAUUGCACGGGUGCACAACUCCUGCAGGGCCGGGCUGCGUGCUUUUUAACUUCCUAAAUUGACUGACAUCUCUGUACACUACAUUGGUUCACUCCUGUACUCGAGCGCAGUAAAAUAUUUAGGAUGCACUUGCAGUCUGUGGCUGUUGGAUCAAGAUAUGAUUGAGCUGAUUAAAUAAUUAAGAACACAAGUUGGCAAAAUAUCCCUGCCCAUGUUGUGCACCCCUGUCCGACUGCUUUGUCUUCAAAAGUGUGAUGUAUCCUGAUGACCGUGAUUAGCCCUGAUCAGAUGACCCUGAUGACAUCGAUGAGCCCUGAUCAGAAAGUUAGCAAGCAUAUGCGACACUUGGGUAUGUCUGGUGCUAUACUCUGAAGCUCGUUGGUCAUCAUAAUGCUUUGCAGUCUAUGGCAAUAUUUGUUUCCAGUGCCAAAAUGAUCCAAAUAAUAUAUAUUUUUCUGUUGCUCUUUUUAACCCUCCGGCUUUAGACUGACCUUAUUCAGGGCUUGUUUAGAAGCAACAACAGGGUGUUUUUACACUGUAUUAAUCAUGGAAAUGUAUGGAUAUGUGAUGUUUCAUGUAUGUUGUUGGCACAUUUAUUAUUAGGUCUAAAAUCUCUGCAUUGUGGAAAUAUUACUGGGUUGUGUUUCUGCUGUAAUAAUCCAUGCAACCUGAAAUUAUUGUGUAUAUGUAUAGAGUAGUUAUCCGUUUUGUUUUUCAGGGUAAUGUGCAAUCACAAAUUUAGACAGCUAUUAUUGAACGAUGGAAUAAAUGCUGAAGGUUUUUCCUUUCAAAGAACCUUAAAUAAAGAGUUAAAUGUUUUAGAUAA